GUAAGCGACGUUGGCAGGGACGAUUGCGAGAACCGUGCGAAAGGGGUGGGACGGUGCGCCCUGACGGGAGUCUGCGUGGUGCGUGCAAAGGUACGACGGUUCGGGGCUCCAGCAAAGCUCAAGGGAAAGCAGGUCCAGCAAAUAGGAGAGGUGGCUAGCUGGCUGAACAGGUAUAUUUGCGCUGAUGCUGUCGUGCCUGAUUCACGGCUUCACUGGUGGUGAAGAGGUACGUAACAGUAUACGUCUCGGUGGGCCGCCAGCACCCAGCUCCGCGACGGUCGGGGGAAAGCCAGCGAGUGAAUUUGAGGAUUCUCUUCUCUAUAUGCUCCCCCGGAGUAUGGAGAGAGCAAAAGAGAUAUGGCAGACGACCUGCGUCGAGGAGUUCAGAGUACAGAGGUGGGUGGAAGGGGGGAGGAGGGGGAGGGGGAAGAAUGCAAAGGAUGGGGACGUCGUAUGGGAGAUGUUGGUCGGUGCAAGGGAUGGCAGGUGCGGGUAUCCCCGCCAGUGUAGUGUAGCCAAGCGGGUGUGGGUGUGUGGGUGUGUGCGUGUCGUCUGCAAGCAGCGCGUCGGAGAAGCGACCAUCACCUUGGGCGGGCGGCCACGCGCACACCACUUGACCGCCAGGCUCCUCCUCCUCCCACCCGGCCCCUUUCCCACGCCACAUGCCCAAAUCAAGACCAGACAAUCUCCUCUUCUAAGCGAGGAGGCAAAGCCAAGCCAUGGCCACGCACAUCACACACACGUCCAGGUCUAAGAAAGAACCGAUUGAUUGAUGCAGAUUGAAAGUGCUGAGAUGCAAUACAUGACAAAGUUCUCCAUGACACUCACCCCAGCCAGGAGAAUCAGGCGAAUGAAGAA